AUGGCAAGCUCCCUCUCAGGCUCGGUAACAAUCGAUGGAAUCCACUCAGGAUGGACCGUCAAGAAAAGCAGUCCUAGCGUGCGUGCCAGUUUCUCAGCAAGCUUCGCGCACAAUCAUCAGAGGUCAGCGGCAGACGAUAGUUUCUUUGUAACCAGCGAAGAUUCUGAAAACAUGAUACCCUCGUCAGGGACGGUCACAAUUGUACUAGAUCCAAUGGAAGUGACUGGUGGAUUGACAUACGACAAGCUCCUACAACGACUCGAUGCAAAAUCAAGAGAAGAAUGUAUAACAUGCUCGAAGUCUCCUGCUUCUACUGAACCCGCUUUAUCCCAUCAAUUCAGGACGGACCAUAAGGGAUUAAGUAUCGAGUGGCAAACAGACAACACCAUUAUGGGCUGUCCAAAGAUCCACAUCCAAGACGCACCAUCAUCAUACAAGGUGGAAAUGACCGAAGAAGACUUUGCAAGCUUCGAACAAUGGAAGGACAUCAGCAUCACCUACGGUAAAGCUGUGACUGCCACAAAGAGUUUUUGUGAGAGUUGUAGUGGAUACACGGAUAUGAGUGUCUUUAGAGAUGUCGUCAAGGCGAGAUCGAAGAGUGUCAGGUUCGAGGACGCAAAAUGA